AACCAUAAUAGUUUCAAUACAAAUAAUGACAUUGAGGAAGGCAGGAAGAAGAGGGAGGUGCUUCUAAUUAACAGUAUUGUUUCCUUCGUUGAGAGGCCUAAUUCCCAUCAGAGGCGAGGUUUCAAGUAGGUUUCGUUUUCCCGUUGAGAGAUCUUAUUCCCCAUCAGAGUAAUAGUCAACAGGAGUUUGCUACUUUAGGAUCCAACUGGGAGUCUUUCAUCCUACUACCCAAGGCUUAUAAUAUGGACAAAAGGGAUACUGAGGAUGGUCAUGGAACUGAUUUUGGCUUCUACCACUCCCAGAUGCUGAGUGCUGCAGAGAUCAGUGGAAUCACAAAAUUCUGCUUCUUAGACAAAGAAGCCAACUUCAGAGACAAAAUGGAUUACAGAUUACCUGUGGAUGAAUGGGAUGAGAAUCAUGUUAAGCACUGGCUAGAGUCCAUUGGAAUUAAGAAACAGUAUGUAGAAAGGCUCUGUGAAGAGGAAGUAACUGGUCCAACACUCAGAGUAUUGGAUGAACUGUUCCUCAAGAGAAUGGGCAUGAAACAAGGUCAGAUCCAAAUACUAAUGUGCAAAAGAGAUAAACUUUUACAGCAAUAUAUUGGGAUAGAUUCCACAAAAACAGUUAAUGACAACAUUGUGGACGGAGAUAUAUUGGAUAAUCACAAAACCAAUUCAGAAGAUAAAAAGCCAAAAUCCAGAGAGCCAGACUCAGCUGAAGAGAGAAAAAGUGUCCUAGAGAAAACUAAAUGCAAACUCUCUGAUAGCCAACCAGUUUCUUCACAACACGGAGCUUCAAAACCACAGGACUUAGAAGAGAAAGACAUGACACACACAGUUUCUACUUUUAGCAAAACAGAAAUCACAGCCAAUACUGAACCAUCACAUUUUUGCCGAUUCAGGCCAUUCAGCAGUGACAAUAUUAAUUUUAAGUAUGUUAGAAAUAUGGUCCUUGCUCCAGAAACAGGAGUUCACAAUCUAAUUAGCCCUUGCCAUGAAUACAAAUCUUUUGCUAAGGCUGCACUGCUGGACAGACAAAGGCUGCAAGCAAAGUUUGCCCAUGAGGUGAUGAAGUUUGCUUCUGCUUGCAUGAAUAUUCGAACAAAUGGCACUAUUCACUUUGGAGUUAUGGACAGUGUUGAAAAAAAGGGCUGGAAACAUGGACAAAUAGUUGGCAUACCAAUAAGGGACAAAGAUAUGUAUGUGGAUGCUUUAGAUUACAUAGAAAGAUGUUUUGAUGCACAUGUUAAAGAAGCAGCAAGGCUUUGCAUCCACCCUCCUGUUUUUAUUGAAGUUAUUCAGACAGGCAUUCAUGAACAAUUUUUUGUAGUGGAAGUUGACAUCGAACCAUUAGCUAAUAUUGUAAAAGAAAAGGUUUUUCAAGUUCGUCUACCAAAUUUUAAUGAAAAAAGUAAUAAGGUUAAUUUAGAAAAAGAUAAAGUUGCCUUUCAAAGAAUUGGUUCAAACUCUGAACCAGUAAAGAAUGAUGAUCUAGUGACAUUCAUUCAGAAUUUAAAAGAAAGAGAUGCUAGAAGAGAAAAGGCUGAAACAUUUAAUAAUGAGAAUGAAAUAGAUAUCCCUCAAAAUUUAGGGCGAAAAUUAUCUGUCCUUUUGACAGAUGGCAAAAACUACAUGAAUGAUUCCCUGUGGUACAUUCUUGUUACAAACAAAUGUGGAGAGGAAGACCUGAAAUCUAUUGACUUUUUGAUGCACAUGAAUAUUUUUUGUGUAUUUGAUUUUGAUGAGGACUCCGGUGUGUCAGGUUUAUACGCCAAGUAUAAGGAAUGUCAUGCAACCAGUUCUCAUUUUUUACAAAACUAUUCCAACGACAAUAAGAUGAGUACAACUGAAUUUCAAAAACAUCUGUGCUUAUUUGUUAAGAAAAGCUGGAUAUUUUGCAAUGGACGCAGUGACUAUCUUGGAAAUGAAAAACCUUGUGAUGAAAAUACUUGGAUUAGAACUAAAAGGAAGUAUCUGAAGAAAGCAGUAUCUUUUAUCUGUGAUGAGCUCCUCCCAACAGGAUCUUUCUUGGUGCUUUUCCUACUGUUCUCACCUGUGGAAAAACCAAUUGUAGAAACUUUCCAUGAAUUAUACAGUGAAAUGAAUGGCAUGGAGUUCAUAAUAUGCCUUGCUGAGUCAAGAGAAACCUAUGAGGAGUGGGCUAAUCUGGCUCAAGCAACCUGCAGCAUUGAGAUGCUAGAACAAAGGAGUGUUGUAGGCAUGAAGCUAAGCCAUGUGGAUGCUACUAUCCAAAACAUGCUGCCCUCUACAAUAACCAACAAACAUUUACCAGUUUCCACAAAGGGACUGUGUGCACUUUCCCCACUGGAAGAAGAGAAAAUGUACUCCCUUGAAAUAUUGUGUGCAGAUCAAUGUGAUGAUAUCAAAUUAGACCUUCUGAGUACAAAAGAAAUUCAGGAGAUAGAUGAAACUUUUUACAGAGGUAAAAAAGUCAGCUGGAAAAAUUUCUGGUUUGCUGAUAAAAGAUUGUGUGGAGAGGUUAUUGAACGUGAAGCCUGUAAGGAGGUUUUGAAAAUGUUGAAUGAGUUUGUAUAUAGGAAUUGGUUCAAAAAUCCUGUGGCUAAACUGAAAGUGUUCCAUCACCCUGGAAGUGGAGGAAGUACCAUUGCAAGGCAAGUUCUGUGGAAGCAAAGGAAGGAUUUGCGAUGUGCUGUGAUCAAAACAACAUACUCAGUGACAACUGUCUGUCAGCAUGCAGUUGAAUUCCGACAUUAUGAUGAAAAGGACCACAAAAAUGCUCUCCCUGUCCUACUUUUGUUGGAAGAUUAUGAAGAAGAAUAUCUUGAUGAAUUAGCUUAUUCUUUAACUGAUGCCAUGGGACUUAAUAAGCGCCAUCCUACCAGGCCUUCAUUCUUCAUCCUAUGCUGUAAGCGAUCCAAUGCACCUGAUAAGCUUUGCAAAUCAUCCCCUCAAGAUACAGUUGCUGUUACUCAUAAGCUGACAGACCAAGAGAAAAACCUGUUCAGAACAAAGUUAGAAAAAUUUGAAAAUCAGAAGGAUUUUAAGUUAGAAUACAUCCUUACCUUUGUCCUCAUGAGUAAUGAAUUUGAAACAACGUAUGUGAGAGAAUUUGUAGAGCACUUGCUCAAAGAUACAGAUUUGUCUUCCCAGGAAACUAGAUUGAUGAGGUAUGUUGCUUUGCUCAAUUUCUAUGUACAUAAUUCAUACAUCUCUUUAUCACACUGUGAAGCCUUCUUGGGACUUGGAACAUAUGAAGAAAUGGCAAUGAGACAGUAUGAUUUCAUAAGUCACUUAAGUGAACAGGCACGGCUCAUUUUCAUUGAACUCAGAGAAACCACCACUUAUAUUUCAUCCAUUCAAAUAAUACACUAUGUUGUUGCAAAGGAAAUACUCAAUCAGCUCUCAGGAUGUCGGACUCAAAGUGAAAUUGCCAUGGACCUUCUCCAGGAAAAGGUGUUUCUUCACCACAGGUUUGGGCGAGAAGAGUUUACAAAAUUCUUUAGAGAUCUAUUUAUUAGGCGUGAUAAGAAAAGUAGAGGAGAUAACACUGAUAGCCUUUUCUCUCCAUUCAUUGAGCAUGUCUGCCGCUUUGAAAACCCUGAAAAAGCUAUAGAUAUUUUAAAACAUGCAUACGAAUGCCUGGGAAAAGAUGCAUUCUUUGCUCAACAACUUGCCAGAUUACAUUAUAAUUAUGAAAAAUUUGAGGAUGCAACAUACUGGGCAGAAGUAGCCAAAUCUCACUUGCCAAAUGAUUCUUUUAUUUUGGACACAGAAGGACAGGUGUAUAGGAAAUGGUUUAGUUUUAGAAUGGACAAAAAAACAGAUGAAGACACUCCUGAAGAUAUCAUUCAAAUUAUAGAGCUUGCCCUUAAAGCUAUGAAGUGCUUCAGAGGCGCACAACAGGCUGCAAAGUCUGAGAGAGACAGCAUGAAUAACUCUGGUUAUUUUGGAGAAGUGGAAGUGGGGUGCCGUUUACUGAAACUACUAUCUACACUUGAUGUAUUCCCUAAAAAUUCGAAAGGGGAGCACCCUGAACUUGUCCAGUAUCUAAUUACAGAUUACAUUCCUGAUGACAUUAAAAAACCAUGGGGGAAGCUUCACAGUCGCUUAAAAGGUUUACGUCAGAACAUUUACAAUGCUCUUGACUGGAUUUCAGAAGAUCUAAGUUAUUUCCAAACAGAUAAAUAUCAGACAGAUGAAGAAGAUGGAAGAGAAGAACAAGUUUAUAAUCCCCGAGGAUGGCUUAAAAGGCAAUGUAAAGUGUACGCAGCUUUCUUUGCUGCAGAAUCGCUUGUUGAAGAAAAUGGUGCUCAAUCCAAAACCCAAUUGAUCAGGCAUAUGAAUAUUUAUAAACACGGUGGUGGGAAUGUCACCACUAUUCUGUCAUUCCUGUCAGAUUCCAAUGAUAAGAAAUCAAUUCAAAAUCUUGAAAAAAUAAUUAGCUUCUACUCAAAAGACCCACAGAAAGAGAGUCUAGAGGACACAGACCUUAUAAACUAUAUAUUGUGUCACUUUAUACUAGCAUGCCUGUCACCUGGUUCUUCCAAGCUCCUUGACCUUCAGACACUCAGAGAACUCAGCAAAAGAUUCUUUAAAAAAAGAAAAACAGCAUUUCCUUCAAGUGCUUAUUUUUUGCUCACAUUACUUUACUGGCCCGACGCUGCCUUAGACAAAGACUCUAAUCCAAAGAAAGAUGAAAUCUUAAAAUCAGCCCUUGAAACUAUGAAGUGCUUGCAUGACAUCAAACUAAAAGAUGUUGCCCCAAGGAGGAAAAAAAUCUACACGCAUUUUUUCUUGGGAAUAGGCUAUGGACUAGGAAAAAUUGUGCCCAAAACUACAAUUGAUAAAUUAAUAAAGGGCUCCUUAAUUGAGAGACGAAAAAAGUGGCAAAAUGGUGACGUGUGGAAGAUAGGUGAAGUACAUAAAGUCCUAGAAAGAGUUAAUGGAUGGACAAAAGAUGGUAGAGUUUUUGCAAAGGGUCAUUCUGGGCAGAUUCUGAUUUUACCUUUGCAUUUUGAUUCAGUGCCACCUGGAAAUGAAAAUGUAACCUUUUAUCUUGGCUUCACAUUUAAUGGCCUUGUUGCCCAUGACAUUCAGGUACAAAUGUAGAAAGCGCCCUGUGCACUGCAGGGAUUAAGACAUCAAACUGCCACAUGAAAUAUAUAUAUUCUCAUCAAUAUGUAAUGUUGACUGACUCCUAGUUAGAGGAAUAGUUGAUUUUGUUAAUCUGUUCUCUUAGGUUGUUAUUUUUCUUCUCAUAAUAAAAAACUUAUAUCAUAGAAUAGUAGAGUUGGAAGGGGCCUAUAAGGCCAUCAAGUCCAACCCCCUGCUCAAUGCAGGAAUCCAAAUCAAAGCAUUCCUGAGAGAUGGCUGCCCAGCUGCCUCUUGAAUGCGUUCAGUGUGGGAGAGUGUCAGGAUCCCACCUGUGUGGUCACCGCCUUGUCACGGUCCCACCUCAGGGUCCUGGUCUCUUAACGGUUCUCUCACUGGCUCUAGCAAAGAUCUCUCAAGAUUCCCCUGCUAGGCAGCACCACCAGACACUCCCUGUAAACAAUAAUGCCUUGAGACUGUGCCUUCGUCUCCUCCUGGCUUAUUGCUACAUUGUGUCUGGGUGCACUUACAGGCGUCAACCCCCCCUGUAUCUUUGUGCCUAUAAAGAUUACAGCCCUGGGUUGCUAUGGAUACCUGAUGAUGUUACACUAUCUCUUCGCUGCUGCCACCAUUGAUACUGUUUCCCCACCUUGGUAUAUGCCCUGCCCACCCUUCUGGUCUGUGAAAACCCAGCCAAGGAUCAGGCGUUUUGGUAAACCAAGAACUAUUUAUUUAUAUACAUAGGGAAUAACAAGAUUACUUAAAGGUUUAGUCAACAAGUGUGUGGUUUCAUAAGAUGUUACUCUUUGUUUCUUAGUCAUCAAUGGCUUGCCUCACUACCCACCUAAUCCAAUCCACCCAACAACCCUCUCCAAAACCAACCAACCCUCCAGAACCCUCAGAACGAACCAACCUAACACCUCAACUGUCAUCCUCUUAUUUAUACCCUCAGACGCUCAGCCGAUCAUCAUACAACAUUCUUCAACAUUUCAUGUACUCCCCCCUCUCACUCAGUCUACUUACCACAUAUACUCCAAUAAACCUGCACUUACCAUAUUUACAGUAUUAUAUAUAUACAGGGACAUCACAGAGAGCCCACUACCUCUCUAGGUGAUUGGUUUCAUUGUCAUAUGGCUCUAACAGUCAUGAUGAUGAUGAUAAAUAUGCAGCAUUUCAAAUUAAUUCUGUAUGAGAAGCAUUCCAUGCCAAGCUUGGAACCAAGGAGGAGGUAUAAAAUGUAGGCAAAAAAACUUUGGACAAAAUGCCAUUUAUCCUUUAUAUCUAUCUAUGUAUCUGUAAUUAGUUGUUGUUGUUGUUUUGUGCCUUCAAGUCAAUUACGAUGUAUGGCGACCCUAUGAAUCAGUCACCUGGAAGAGCAUCUGUCAUGAACCACCCUGUUCAGAUCUUGUAAGUUCAGGUCUGUCGCUUCCUUUAUGGAAUCAAUCCAUCUCUUGUUUGGCCUUCCUCUUCUUCUAUUCCCUUCUGUUUUUCCCAGCAUUAUUGUCUUUUCUAGUGAAUCAUGUCUUCUGAUGAUGUGUCCAAGGUAUGAUAACCUCAGUUUCAUCAUUUUAGCUUCUAGUGACAGUUCUGGUUUAAUUUGUUCUAACACCCAAUUAUUUGUCUUUUUCACAGUCCAUGGUAUGCACAAAGCUCUCCUCCAACACCACAUUUCAAAUGAGUUUAUUUUUCUCUUAUUCGCCUUUCACAUCCACACAUAGAGAUUGGGAAUACCAUGGUCUGAAUGAUCCUGACUUUGGUGUUCAGUGAUACAUCUUUGCAUCUGAGGACCUUUUCUAGUUCUCUCAUAGCUUCCCUCCCUAGUCCUAGUCUUCUUCUGAUUUCUUGACUAUGGUCUCCAUUUUGGUUAAUGACUAUGCCGAGGUAUUGAUAAUCCUUGACAAGUUCAAUGUCCUCAUUGUCAACUUUAAAGUUACAUAAAUCUUCUGUUGUCAUGACUUUAGUCUUCUUGACGUUCAGCUGUAGUCUUGCUUUUAUGCUUUCCUCUUUCAUCAGUAUUCGUUUCAAAUCAUUACUGGUUUCUGCUAGUAGUGUGGUAUCUUCUGCGUAUCUUAAAUUAUUGAUAUUUCUCCCUCCAAUUUUCACACCUCCUUCGUCUUGGUCCAAUCCCACUUUCCGUAUUAUAUGUUCUGCAUACAGAUUAAACAAAAAGGGUGAUAAAAUACACCUGUCUCACACCCUUUCUGAUUGGGAACCAAUCAGUUUCUCCAUAUUCUGUCCUUACAGUAGCUUCUUGUCCAGAGUAUAGGUUACACAUCAGAACAAUCAGAUGCUGUGGCACCCCCAUUUCUUUUAAAGCAUUCCAUAGCUUUUCAUGAUCUACACAGUCAAAGGCUUUGCUGUAAUCUAAAAAGCGCAGGGUGAUUUUCUUCUGAAAUUCCUUGCUCCGUUCCAUUAUCCAGCGUAUGUUUGUGAUAUGAUCUCUGGUACCUCUUCCCUUUCUAAAUCCAGCUUGGACGUCUGGCAUUUCUCGCUCCAUAUAUGGUGAGAGCCUUUGUUGUAGAAUCUUGAGCAUUACUUUACUUGCAUGGGAUAUUAAGGCAAUAGUUCGAUAAUUACUGCAUUCCCUGGGAUCCCCUUUCUUUGGAAUUGGGAUAUAUAUUGAACGCUUCCAGUCUGUGGGCCAUUGUUUAGUUUUCCAUAUUGCUUGACAAAUUUUUGUCAAAAUUUGGACAGAUUCAGUCUCAGUAGCUUGUAGCAACUCUAUUGGUAUGCCAUCUGUUCCUGGUGAUUUGUUUCUUCCAAGUAUUUGAAGAGCAGCUGUUACCUCACAUUCUAAAAUUUCUUCAUCAUGUGGUUCCUCCGUGAAUGAAUCUGUCAUCCUUGCAUCUCUUUUAUAGAGUUCUUCAGUGUAUUGCUUCCAUCUUCCUUUUAUUUCAUCUCGGUCAGUCAUUGUGUCGCCCUGUUGAUUAUUCAACAUCCCUACUCGUGGUAAAGUUGAAUGAUGUAUGUAAAGCAUUUUUUUUCUUUCCCUUUUCUUUUUUAUUAUUAUUUUAGUACUAUUGCUAAAGUUCUGAUGAAAGAAUAAAGCAUUCAUUAGCCAAAUUCAAAUGAUUAGAACACAUCACAUAAACUCCACUGAAGUUGGAGUUUUUGCCAUAGGAAAGGCAAAAAACACAUACCCUAUGGAUAGCCCAAUAGAUGAUCAGAACUAAUAUCCUAUCACUUCUCAUAUUCUUAAACAUUUUUGUUUGUUUUUUUAAAUACGGAUUAAACAGUAAAACUGAGGUUAAUCGUACUUUGGACACAUAAUGAGAAGACAUGAUUCACUAGAAAAGACAAUAAUGCUGGGGAAAACAAGGGAGUAGAAAAAGAGGAAGAUGGAUUGGCUCCAUAAAGGAAGCCACACACCUGAACUGACGAGAUCUGAACAGGGUGGUUUAUAACAUGCUAUUAGAGGUCGCUGAUUCAUAGGGUCGCCAUAAGUCAUGAUUGACCUGAAGGCAUAUAACACUGAAUUUGACUUACACCACCCUUUUUGCCAGUGUAAGUUCCUCUGGGUUGCCAGAACAUGUGACUGAGCUGAAUGAAGUUAGGAGCCAGCAUAAGUCCCCCCCUCUGCCUAUCUUGUUCUGUCCCUGUCAUGCCCCAGAAUGCCCCUUUUGAGGAUUUAUGCUGGCCUCAACUUAGCUAACUGAGCUGGCAUGAGGGACUUCACAACAGCUGAGCCAGAUAUCCGCCAGAAAUCCUAACUUGAUCAUCUUGGCAGAUCUUGGGUUUGGAUAGCUCCCUAAACCAAUUACUUUUCCAGAGCACCAAUUCAAAGCACCGCAGAGACCUUCCACAGAAGCAUCAGGCAUUUUACUUAAAAAGUCCCUCCACAAAGGCAGGGGAUUAUCAAGGGUGGCAUCUGAUGCACUUGCAAGCCACUGCGGUUGAAAAUGAUCACUUGCCAAUGUCUCAGUGUCCUUGGGAGCAUACAUGAAGCUGUUUGGCUCUCACCACAGCUGAAAUGAACAUUUUAUAAAAUGCUUCAAUUAAAAAAAUUAAAUAUUGUCCUCUGUAGUGACUGAAAUUGCGUCCCAGUUAUGUAUCACCUGAAAAUUAAAUGGUCAUGAGUAGAGUAUCUAGACUAGGAUGUGACCUCUGUGAAAUAUUGCUUGCUCAUUUUAAAGUGUUUUAAUCUUGCAGUAAUCGUUUUCUGGUGCGGUAGAAUGAGGAAUGAAGAACUGUUGAGGGUCAGGAGUCUGUGUGGGUAGGGACAAGUAACCCCUAACUGCAGUAGAAAAAAAGCAGUAUGGGCUUGCUUAAAAGGGGAAUCAUAUUCAUGGAGAAUGGAUCUAGUAAUGACUAUAUGUCAUGAUGGCUAGAUGAACCUCCAGAUCCAGAGCUUAUAUGCAACUGAACACCCAUUGCUGAUCAGCAACUUGCUGAUCAGAGCAACAUUGUUGAUCAGCAACUGAAUGCCAGCUGCUGAUCAGUAAUGAGGGAGUGAGCAAGU